GUUCUUCGAAAUACAACAGGGACGGGAUGCAAAUUUCGAUUGUUGAUGGUACCAGUUUAAAUAUAUGUAUGUGACUUCUAUUGAACACGUGUGGCAGACGUGAGUCAUCACUAUAUAUUAAAUAAAAUUUCCUACGUUCAGUCCUGGGACAGCUGAACCUGACCACAACGUCAUGUCCGAAACUGAAGAAACAGAGGAGGAUCAUUCAUCACAUUUCUUGCCGGACCAACGAGAACGUUUUGGGGAUGAACAUUGUGAGCUGCCAAUCGACCAAGGAUGGGCUUGGGUUGUUCUCGCUGCCAGCACAGUUAUCAAUAUACUAUACGCGGGAGUAUUGAAGUCGUUUGGAAUUUUCUUCGUGGAGAUACUAGAUGUUUAUGGCGGGACUGUAUCAACAACAUCUCUUAUUUUGGGGCUCCAGUUCACGGUAUACUGUACGGCAAAUGUCCCCGUACUGAUGAUCCUGUUACGGUACCAGAGCGUGCGGAGAUGUCAGCUGGUUGGUAUCAUCCUUAGUGCAUUGGCCUACGCCCUCAGCAGUUUGACUAACCGACUCGAGCUCCUUAUCCUGUGCCAGAGUCUUCUUAAUGGACUGAGUAUUGCACUCAUCGUUCCUACUGGUAUAGUUCAGGUCAGUAAGUACUUCCGAAAACGUAUUGGACUGGCCAAUGGAAUACUGAUGGCUGGAUUGUCCCUCGGCGGACUCGUCAUGCCCCCAAUGAUCCAACUUAUAGUUCUGGAAUACACGCUUCAUGGCGCUCUCCUACUCACAUCCGGCAUCAUCUUCAACGCACUUCCGGCUGCAGUUCUUCAGCGUCCACCAGAAUUCUAUCGUCGAAUUUUCACAUUAAAACGCAAAAAUUAUCUGGGUGUUUUACAACACAUUAUAUCUUCCGAUUCAAAAGACACAAAAAUUUAUAACAAAAAGAAUCACCCUCUUGUCACAGAACAUGACAACCAGAUGAAAUAUAAAAUGUCAACCUCUGAGGGUACAUUACCAAUAGCGCUAGGCAACAAAAUGAUGAAGAAAGGAGAACCAGAUUUGCAAUUGACUACGAAUUCGUUGCCAAAUUUGCUACAUUCGGGAUGUGAAAAAUAUCACAACCAGGUCCGUCACCAUAGAGUAUCAAUUGAUGCUAAAGACUUAAGGCAUUUUUCAUCUAUGUCAGCCUUUGAAUGUGCAGACGUUUCCAGCAUAUCUUUUUCACAACAAAACGUUUCAACUGAAGAAAAUAUAUCUGACAUGGGAUCACAAGCGUCUAGAUCCUCCCGUCAUUGGUUACGUAUAAUGCUUACACAAUGCAAAGAGAGUGGAGUCACACUUCUGAAAAACAGGUCGUUUUUAAUCUUUGUUGGGUUUUAUACAACAGGAACUAUCAGUAACGAAACAAUAACUACGUAUCUACCACCAUAUGCGAAGGAAACUGGAAUCGAAAGCACAAAUGUAGCAAUGUUAAUUUCAAUACAUUCAGUAUGUGAUUUUGUCGGAAGACUUUUAAGUGGAUACCUAGCCGAUACCCAUUGGAUAAAGAAACACCAUUUAAUUCUGGUUUCACAAGUCUUUACUGCGAUACUACCACAGCUCAAUUAUUUUUACGACUCUUUCUUGAUGUUUUCAAUUUUUGCAGCAUUAUUUGGAUUGAUGUCAGGUAUAAUUUUUGCAAUUAGCAAUCCAUUGCUGAAAGAAAUAGUUGGUGAUGAAAACUUCGCUGCUGCCAUUGGUAUUGCAAUCUUUGUUAAAGGUGUCGUCCUGGGUGGAAUGGUACCACUACUAGGUUUCCUCCGUGAUGCAACAUGUACAUAUCAUGUGACAUUCCAUUGUAUGGGUGCAACAUCGUGUGUAGCAGUGUGUAUACUGAUUCUGUUCGGAGUUGUCUUUCCGAAACAUUCUUCUUAAAGAUAUUCAAUGUGUGAGAUCUUUCGUUUUUGUUGAG